AUGCUUUUGAGACUUCGAGGUCCUGACGGCAUGAGCCGUCUCACUAUUGACAAAGAUGAUACCUUCGGCGAGCUCGGACGUCAGUUGCUUCCAAACCUUCCAAAGACAGUUGACCCGAAUACCAUUACCCUCUCCAACGCCCCGACCGGUGGUGAUGCUAAGAAGCUUGUCGAUAUUGAUUCCUUCAAGGUUGGACAGAUUGGGCUAAAGCAUGGCGACCUCAUUUUCAUCAACUACCAGCACCAGGACGCCCUGUCGAACGGUGCCACCAACGGCGCCCAACCGCCCGUCCACCAUCUUGCAUCUUCGAAUCGCUUAAAUGGAAAGCCAAUCCUCCCUACCGAAGACCUCCCUAUCGAUCCUCCCCCGGUGACGUCGCCGUCCGAAAAGAUCAAGAAUCCCUGGGAAGUAGUGAAGCAACACCCACUCGAUGAUCGGUUAGAUAAGAAGGAUGGUAAGAUCCCAAGGACGCGAGACAAGAUGUGCCGGCAUGGCGAAAAGGGUAUGUGCGAUUACUGCAUGCCUUUGGACCCAUUCAACGCCAAGUAUUUGGAAGAAAAGAAGAUCAAGUAUAUGUCAUUCCACUCAUAUUUGAGGAAAAUCAACUCCGCCACGAAUAAGCCUGAGCUCGGAAGUUCCUUCAUACCUCCCCUUGUGGAGCCAUACUUCAGGGUCAAGCGAGACUGCCCUUCUGGACAUCCGCUGUGGCCCGAAGGCAUUUGCACAAAAUGUCAGCCCAGCGCCAUUACACUUCAACCGCAGCCUUUCCGUAUGGUCGACCAUGUUGAAUUCUCAUCACCCGCCAUCAUCGAUACGUUUAUUGAUGCGUGGAGAAAGACGGGGGGCCAGCGACUUGGCUACCUAUAUGGACGAUACACAGAGUAUGAAGUUGUACCUCUCGGCGUCAAGGCAGUCGUGGAGGCCAUUUACGAGCCGCCUCAAAUUGACGAAAUUGAUGGCAUUUCUCUGAACUCUUGGGAGAACCAGAAAGACAUUGAUGAGGUUGCCAGACUAUGCGGCUUGCAGCAAAUCGGCGUUAUCUGGACCGACCUUCUGGAUACGGGUGUAGGCGACGGAUCAGUCGUGUGCAAGCGACAUGCUGAUUCUUAUUUCUUAUCUUCCCAAGAAAUUUGUUUCAUCUCACGUUUACAGGCUCAGCACCCAAAGCCCACCAAAUGGAGCGACAGUGGCAAGUUUGGCUCCAACUUUGUUACAUGCAUCAUUUCAGGCAAUGAGUCGGGAGAGAUCUCCAUUUCAUCGUACCAAGCAUCUAAUGACGCCGUAGAGAUGGUACGCGCCGACAUCAUCGAGCCUUCUGCUGACCCGAACGUCAUGCUUGUUCGGGAAGAAGAGGAGGACGACGGAUCCGUCAGUCGCACAAGAUACAUCCCCGAGGUGUUCUACCGCAGAAUCAACGAGUAUGGAGCUAAUGUCCAAGAGAACGCGAAGCCGUCGUUCCCUGUGGAGUAUCUCUUUGUGACACUGACACACGGCUUUCCGGAUGAGUCCAAGCCCACCUUUACACAGUUGGGCUUUCCAAUUGAAAAUCGCGAGUACAUGGGCGAAAGUCAAGAACACUCUGCUGCUGCGAGGAUCCUCAAGUUCUCGGGAGGUCAAAAGCCGGCGGAAGGCGGGCUGGAAAUGUCAAAUUUUCAUCUACUUUGCUUCAUUCACCAUAUGGGCAUCCUUUCGAAGGUUUGUAAUCAUCGUCUCCUGCAGAUCAUUUCUCUGACAACAGUCUAG